AUGGCUCGUAGGGCGAGGAGAUAUAAGUUUUUGGAUGGAAAACUGGAUUGGCGAGGCGCUAUCGGACCUCUCCAGUGCGACCGUCAGCUUACAUUGGCCAAAUCGCUCUCUCAAAUAGCGGAUUAUUUACCGCUCAUUCAAACAUAUUGGCAUGAGAAAAUUGUUCGUGUUAAGUUGGAUGAGAAACAACCUGACAGACUCAUAUUUACACUAACACAAACGGGAAUUUUCUCGUCCAAAGAGUAUUAUAAUUUUUGGCGGAAAAAUGGUCGGAGGCAACACUGGUCUGUUCGGGUAUGGCUCAACUACAUUCCACCCAAAACUAGUGGCUUUAUGUGGAAAAUUCUGCAUCACGCUAUCCCGGUUGACCUCCGUAUAGUAACUCGAGGAAUUCCGAUAAUGUCAAGAUGUGUAUGCUGCAACAACCCCCACCAAGAAGACAUCAGACAUCUUUUUUUUAAGUCGGAAGUUGCACAAUCAGUAUGGCGGCACUUUGGUUUAAUAUUCAGAAUUCCGUGGGCUUUUGAGUCAGUGAAACACGCGCUUCGCAUAUGGACGCCGAAACCGAAGACUCACUCAACUUACGUCAUGGUUCGAACAUCAGUAGUCUGCCAUAUCAUCCGAGAAAUAUGGAUCGCAAGAUGCAAGGUGGUUUACGACGGAGGGGUUAUGACAGCGACUGAUAUAUGCCAAUGUGUGCUCCAUAAAGUAAAAUACCUGGGUAUCGUACACAGACCUCACCAAAUGUCCACGAAGUCGCAACUCCUACAGCUGGCGGCACUAGGUAUUUACGGGCCACAACCAAUGGUUAGGCGUGGAGUAUGGCAUAAAUGGGAGCCUCAUGCGGUUGGAACAUACAAACUUAAUACAGAUGGGUCCGCGAAAGAAGAGAUGUGUACGGGCGGGGGCAUCAUUCGUAAUUCAGAAGGUGGUAUUAUUGCAAGAUUUUCGGCUUUCUUUGGGAAAGGUACGAAUAAUUAUGCUGAAAUUUUUGCGGUGGCCGUGGGUCUUCGCCUGUGUCAUUCAUUAGGGAUUGGAGCAGUUGUAGUCGAGACGGACUCUCUUUUAACGGUCAACGCGAUCAAGAAACUGGGAGUGGCGUGGGAUUUGGAGUACGUAUAUUGGAUUUGCAUGCAACAGAUUCGACCAUACCAUAAGAUCACACAGGUGUUUCGCCAAGAGAAUACGGUGGCAGACCGUUUAGCCAAUUGGGCAUAUACACAUAAAUCUUAUCAAGAGGUUUUCUCCCGGAACAAUAUGCCUCAAGAAGUGAAGGCUGCGUACAUUAGUGAUAAGCUCGGUAUUGCGAAUUUUCGUAAAUGA